AUGACAGCGUGUGACUUGGGGGCCGUCACCAAACCCUGGGAAAUAUCACGCAAGGUAAAAAAGGACAGGCUAUUUCAUUCAUGCUGCCUGGAAAAGUGUAUAUUAGGAUAUUCUGAAUAUUCUCAGGCCUGUCAUUUCACUGUAUGCCUGUAAAAAUCAUUGUAUUCUCUCAUGCUAAUAGUUGUUCUGAUGUUCUCCUGUUAGGUGGCAGAGCUGGUCACCAGUGAGUUCUUUGAGCAGGGGGACAGAGAGAGAUCUGAACUGAAGCUCACGCCAUCUGUGAGUUCAUCAUCAUAUGAGCAAAUUCUCCACUGUUGUUUUUGGCCUAAAUAAAGCCUAUGACAUAAGCAGGUGUGAAAGUAAGGCGGUACGGUCCCGUACGGCGUCCCGGAAAAAUGAAUAGUGGGGGUACACUGCGCCGGUAAAACAUGAGCCUAUCACAAUCAUUCAAAAAAAUGUCAAGAAAACUGUAGGCUUUUACACCAUUAUUUAUCAUUACCGCAUGUCAGAGGCAUGAGAAAGGAGCGAAUAGGUUUGAAAACAGGUGGUAUAGCCUACGCUCCAAAAUGUGAUGUGGUUCAACAAGAAGCUUGUGCACACAUAGGAGGUCCUGUACCGGGAAGAAAUUCAAUCUACUUUUACCCCUGGCCAUAGGACUUAUAGUCUAGACAUUGGUCAUUUGUUACAUAGAGCUUGCAUCACACUGUGUGAGAGAGGAGAGUUGUCAGCUAGUACAUAGAGUCCCUCUACUGCAGGGUUUCCCAACUGGCGGCUCGCCAAGUUUCCAUAGCAAAAUUGUUUAAUUGUUGGACAUAAAAAGACUAAAAACAACAGCAAAUCAGCUCCAAAUGAUUUGAAUACUGUUCCAAAGUAUUCCCACGUAUAAUAGAGAGAUAUACUGUAUGUGAUCGUAUACAAAUGUAAGCAAGGUUUGAAAUGAUUAUGUUUUAGUCAAAUAUUAUAUCUGUUUGGGCUUCUUACGGUCUACAAAUUAUAUUCCGGCCCCCUGACCAUCCGCUCAAGAAAAAUGAUCUAGUUGAUGAUCCCUGCUCUACAGUGCCUAAAGCAGUCUUUGGACUAGGUUUUUAAUCAGGUGGCUCUGUAUGUCCUAGAAUAAUGCUCUUACACAAGCCUGUUACCAAACACUUACAACAUCUAUUUAACCUCUGCACCUGUCUAUAGGUGACAGAAAGAAGUGACAACGACACCUUCCUAUAAUCACAUUGGCUGCCGUGUCCUCCUAACCAGUAGAUAACAGGGGCCAUAAAAUGUAUCAUAAGUCUUCUAUGAAUGAUUUAAAAAAUCCUGCAAGAUAAUCCUAGAUAAAUAUAGAUUAAAUGUCUUACUUUGGUCAGCCUUGACAUGAGUCAACUCAUCAUUCUACACUGAGUGUACAAAACAUUAGGAACACCUUCCUAAUAUUGAGUUGCACCCCCUUUUGCCCUCAGAACAGCCUCAAUGUUGACUCCAAUGCUUCCCACAGUUGUGUCAAGUUUGAUGGAUGUCCUUUAGGUGGUGGACCAUUCUUGAUACACACAGGAAACUGUUGAGUGAAAAACCCAGUUGCAGUUCUUGACACACUCAAACCAGUGCGCCUGGCACCUACUACCAUACCCCGUUCAAAGGCACUUAAAUCUUUUGUCUUUCCCAUUCAGCCUCUGAAUGGAACACAUACACAAUCCAUGUCUCAAUUGUCUCAAGGCUUAAAAACCCUUCAUCUACACUGAUUGAAGUGGAUUUAACAGGUGACAUCAAUAACGGAUCAUAGCUUUCACCUGGAUUCACCUGGUCAGUCUAUGUCAUGGAAAGAGCAGGUGUUCUUAAUGUUUUGUACACUCAGUGUAUAUUCUACAUGUAUAAGUACUGUAUUCAAAGCCAAAGCACUAAAAUAGAAGAAUUCCUGGUGUUUUAUUUCAGAGCUUUGAAGUCCAAACGGUGCUGCAGGUUCUUAGGGAGUAGAGCAGAGCAGCGUCCGUCUGUAAUUACUGCCGGUUGACUAAUCACGCCCGGCCACAUUGGUUCCCCUCUGAAGUAGCUAGCUAAUGCAAUAGCCUCAGGUUGCUUUUCAGCCUGUGUCAAACCCUUUAGCGCUGAGCGUGUGUGUGGGUGUUGUGAAUUAAAUAUUCAACUCAAUAUUCAAGCGUAGCCCAGUAACUAUCUGUGAAGCGCAGCCUCUCUCUCUGGAGCCUCAGAAGUUCAUGCAGCAAGAGAGGAGACUGAGGCAGAAUGGAAAAUAGGAUCUGGAAUGAACUUGUUUGGCAUAACGGGAAAGGGUGCAUUUUAUAGAUUCAGUUCUACAACAGCACUGACAAACAUUGCAGUACUGAAGUGUGCACUGACAAACAUUGCAGUACUGAAGUGUACAUUCAUGUGCUAGGACUAGAAGCCAUUCCCCUUUUUUCUCCUACUCUUAUUUCCCGACGUGCGAGCCUGUCUUUGUGUAGCCCAAGUUGUACUCUUAAGGAGCCUACCGUUACUCCUUAAGGUCCAAAGACUAUUUUAACAAACCGAGCGCAAUGGUCAAUCUAAGCGCUGGCGCUAUAGGUUCGGGAUGUCUCAUAAAUGCUAUUUUCACAACCACAAUUAUCAGCGCAGUUGCUGGCGUUGGCGCGAAAGGCCUUGGUUUUGAUGAAUAAACAAGUUGUGGGUGUGUCGAGGCUUGGCCCCUCACUAGCCAAUCAGGACGUGCGCCAUGGCUAAAUAAGUGGUUGCUUCAAGUUGUGUAUAUUUACGGUCGUUUAUGUAUUGCCUUGGAAUCAGCUCCAAUUCCAAUGUUAGUCCAUUAUAGUUUGUUAAACAGCUCACAGAAACAAAAUAACAACAUGUAUACCUAUCCCAUCUUUGCUAAAUACACUGCUCAAAAAAAUAAAGGGAACACUUAAACAACACAAUGUAACUCCAAGUCAAUCACACUUCUGUGAAAUCAAACUGUCCACUUAGGAAGCAACACUGAUUGACAUUAAAUUUCACAUGCUGUUGUGCAAAUGGAAUAGACAACAGGUGGAAAUUAUAGGCAAUUGGCAAGACACCCCCAAUAAAGGACUGGUUUUGCAGGUGGUGACCACAGACCACUUCUCAGUUCCUAUGCUUCCUGGCUGAUGUUUUGGUCACUUUUGAAUGCUGGCGGUGCUUUCACUCUAGUGGUAGCAUGAGACGGAGUCUACAACCCACACAAGUGGCUCAGGUAGUGCAGCUCAUCCAGGAUGGCACAUCAAUGCGAGCUGUGGCAAGAAGGUUUGCUGUGUCUGUCAGCGUAGUGUCCAGAGCAUGGAGGCGCUACCAGGAGACAGGCCAGUACAUCAGGAGACGUGGAGGAGGCCGUAGGAGGGCAACAACCCAGCAGCAGGACUGCUACCUCCGCCUUUGUGCAAGGAGGAGCAGGAGGAGCACUGCCAGAGCCCUGCAAAAUGACCUCCAGCAGGCCACAAAUGUGCAUGUGUCUGCUCAAACGGUCAGAAACAGACUCCAUGAGGGUGGUAUGAGGGCCCGACGUCCACAGGUGGGGGUUGUGCUUACAGCCCAACACCGUGCAGGACGUUUGGCAUUUGCCAGAGAACACCAAGAUUGGCAAAUUCGCCACUGGCGCCCUGUGCUCUUCACAGAUGAAAGCAGGUUCACACUGAGCACAUGUGACAGACGUGACAGAGUCUGGAGACGCCGUGGAGAACGUUCUGCUGCCUACAACAUCCUCCAGCAUGACUGGUUUGGCGGUGGGUCAGUCAUGGUGUGGGGUGGCAUUUCUUUGGGGGGCCGCACAGCCCUCCAUGUGCUCGCCAGCGGUAGCCUGACUGCCAUUAGGUACCGGCCCGCCCGUUCCCCAGACCUGAAUCCAAUUGAGCACAUCUGGGACAUCAUGUCUCGCUCCAUCCACCAACGCCACGUUGCACCACAGACUGUCCAGGAGUUGGCGGAUGCUUUAGUCCAGGUCUGGGAGGAGAUCCCUCAGGAGACCAUCCGCCACCUCAUCAGGAGCAUGCCCAGGCGUUGUAGGGAGGUCAUACAGGCACGUGGAGGCCACACACACUACUGAGCCUAAUUUUGACUUGUUUUAAGGACAUUACAUCAAAGUUGGAUCAGCCUGUAGUGUGGUUUUCCACUUAAAUUUUGAGGGUGACUCCAAAUCCAGACCUCCAUGGGUUGAUAAAUUUGAUUUCCAUUGAUAAUUUUUGUGUGAUUUUGUUGUCAGCACAUUCAACUAUGUAAAGAAAAGUAUUUAAUAAGAUUAUUUCAUUCAUUCAGAUCUAGGAUGUGUUAUUUUAGUGUUCCCUUUAUUUUUUUGAGCAGUGUAGUAGGCCUAGGGUAACGGUAGCCUACCGAGGGCUUGUUUUUUAAAAAUCACAAAAAAAAACAGAACACAAACAAUUGAUACAGGAAAAUAACUUCUAAAUACGAGGUUCACCGGUAUUCACCGAUGUUCUCAUCUCUCGUUUCACGAUGGGCAUGGACACAUGUAGCCUACAUCAUGGAGGGGUUUUUACACACGUUCAAAUCAUGGCUAAAAUAAUGUAGGCCUGACUAUAACACAUAGAUAAAAAGGGAAUGUCAGCUCACUGUGUUGCUCCUCUCAAACAUUAUAUUUUAAUAAAGCUUUGGUGAUUAAGAUUUAUUUUCAAGCGGUCUCACAAGCCAAACACUUUAUCGACGGUCUUGACUAGCCUAAUUGAUUAAAUUGGGCAGGACAAAAAGAAAACAGCCUUCAUUGAGAGGGGAGGCUAUGCAUCGUUUUUAAUAAAAUAAAACGUGAGUGUUUUAUGUUUCUUAAUACGAAGUAUACAGGCACCAAAAGCAUAUCUUGUCCGAUGCGCAUAUGGGCAUUGUGUGUCACGGCUGGAUAGGCUGCGUUUCCGCUGUCAAAAUUCAUGCCAUAACCAACUGCGUUACCGCUAAAACCAGCUUUUGGUUGGUCUUAAAUAUCACUACCAGCGCUGCCUGAAAUUAGCACUUUGGAUCAUGUUUUUAAGGACACACCUCAAAUAUAUCCACCCCUCCCAUCUGAGUGCAAGCAUGCUGAUGUUAGACAGGUAAAUUACCGAACCUGGCGUUAGGGCUGGAAAAUGCCAGUUCGCCAGUUUUUACAUGAUGAAAUUGCAAACUAAUGUGCGUUUGACACUAGCGCCAGAAAUAGAGCCAUAUAUGUUAUUUUCAGAGGUAGACUGGCUCUGGCAGCCAAAACAGCCAAAUACCCUAUCUAAACGUGAAUCGAUUCUCAACUGCGAUACGGUUCUAGAAACAUAAAAGCCUUUACUUUCAUAUCACAUCAAAAUAAUUUCACAAAUGCAAAAUAUACACUUACUCUACACUGUUUUAACCGGCUUUAUCACAGUUGCAGCUGACAGUAUUUUUCAGUGACAACACGUUUCUGGCAGCCUUCUUCCGUUACACACAUUUACAUUUAAGUCAUUUAGCAGACGCUCUUAUCCAGAGCGAUUUACAAAUUGGUGCACACAGGUGUUCGGAGCAUACUAAAUAGCGAAUUAGCACAGGUGGUCCCUCUGUUUUCUGUCUCUCUUCCGUAAACACGCGCUGUAACAUGGAGAUAUGGCCGUUUGGGAACACUAACCCCACAAAGUUGUGUAUCAAUUUAACCUUUUGUUUUUUGGAAAUUAUUUCUCACUGAUUUGAAAGAUAAGGUCCGUAUGCUUCCAAAACCGUACCGCAAGCGAUGCGUGUUAAUGUUCAGACCGAGCGUCGGGGCUCUUAACAAAACUCCACCCUACAAAAGACGCCUUCGUCCAAUUACUCUUAUGUGUAAUGUAAUGGAACUGAGAGUCAUGAUCAAGGGCUAGUCUGUGUGUAGGAAGGAAGUGGAACAGACGGUGAAGGAAUCAUGAGGCUUAAGCGUGUGUUUGUUUUCCAGGCCAUUUUUGAUCGAAACCGGAAGGACGAGUUGCCGGGCCUGCAGCUGGAGUGGAUCGAUGGGAUCUGUGCUCCGCUUUAUGAGGUAAUCCUCCGCAAUGCCUCCUCAACCUCCCCAAACCCUAGGGGACUCAAUCUGUUGCUG